AUGGCGCAUCCCACUGUCGCCCUCAUCGGCACCUGCGACACCAAGCUUGAGGAGCUUCUCUAUGUCCAUGAUAAACUGGUAAACCAGCACGGAAUGCAAUGCAAACUAAUCGAUGUCGGCCGAACACCCAGUGACCAUCCGUCAAUCUCCAUCAGACAAUCUGAUAUCUUCAGGCUGUCGGGUAUCCCUCCUGUGGACUUGACGGCCCUUCCGCGCGGCGAAGUUAUAUCGACGCUCAUCAAACACACCAUCCCUAUCGUAGCGUCCAUGCAAGAGUCGAAUGCGAUCCACGCCGCUCUGUCGCUCGGGGGCAGCGGAGGCUCGUCGCUCGCAGCAGAGGUAAUGCGAGCUGCCCUGCCGCUCGGCUUCCCGAAACUCAUCGUGAGCACCAUGGCCGCGGGGGAUGUGCGCCCGUACGUCGGCGAAUCCGACGUGACCAUGAUGCACAGCGUCGUCGACAUCGCCGGCCUGAACGACAUCCUGUGCGCCGUCCUCGACAACGCUGCAGGAGCCAUCGCGGGGAUGGCGCGCGCACAACACACUCGACUUGUGCACGCUACCUCGCCCGCCCUGUCGAACAGCCUCUCGGCUCCGCCGUCCCAGGACAAGCGCAUUGCGAUCACUAUGUUCGGAGUGACAACCCCCGCAGUGACGCACGCACGUGCGCUGCUCGCAGCCUACCCUUGUACCACAUACAUCUUCCACGCCACGGGCGCGGGCGGGCGUGCCCUGGAGCGCCUCGCCGCCGCGCACUACUGGGACGGCGUGCUGGACCUCACCACGACGGAGCUCGCAGACGCGCUACUCGGCGGCGUACUGAGCGCGGGGGACAUGCGGCUCACAUCUGUAGGCGCAGCGCGUGUCCCGCAGAUCGUGUCGCUCGGUGCGCUCGACAUGGUAAACUUUGGCCCGCGGGAGACGGUGCCGGGGAAGUACCAUGGGCGCAACCUACACAUGCACAAUCCGAGCAUAACGUUGAUGCGCACGUCGCCCGAAGACUGCGCGACGCUUGGGCAGCAGGUCGCUGAGCGCCUGGCGGGCGCGGAUCCUGAUUUGACGGAGGUUUGGGUGCCGGUGCGGGGGGUGAGCGCCUUGAGCGUGUGCGGCCAGCAAUUCCACGACCCGGAGGCGGAUAGGGCUCUUUUUUCUGCUGUGAAGGCGGGACUGGGAGGCACUGGUAUACGGGUGAGGGAAGAGGACCACGACAUCAACGAUCCUGCGUUUGUGCAGGGGAUGGUCCAAAGGCUCGUGGAGAUGAUGGGUCUGGAGCCUGUGCGCGAUGAGGUGUAG